GCGUAAAGAUUAACCAUGCAACUGUGUAUUCCGGACAAAAUUCAUGGAAUAAAAAUCAGUUAUUUCAGUCUGCCAUGUGCCGUAUCGAUCGGACAAUUGGCACAGGAAAAGCAAACAAACAUGGCGACCACGCAAGCAUCGCCCGCAAAACUUAAGGAAUUGAGAUUGCCUAUUUCGCGAGUGAAAACGAUUAUGAAAAGUUCUCCUUAUGUUGAAGCGAUAGGCCAAGAUGGACUUUUUCUUGUUACCAAAGCUACGGAAUUAUUCAUUCAUUUCCUGACAGAAGAGGCGCAUUCGCAAGCCAAAAAAGGACACAACAUAGACUACAAACAUUUAGCAGAAGUUGUCCAGACCAGUGAUUCUCUAGAAUUUCUCCGAGAAAUAAUGCCAAGAAAAAUCACAGUUAGGCAAUUCAAGCAAAUGAUGGCAGCUAAAAAUGCUGGAAGUUCUUCAGAUUCAGAUAGUGAUAGCCAAUCAGACAGUACUUCGUCCUCUGACAGUGACGAUGAGAAUUCAGAAAAUGACUCUUCGGAUGCAAAUGCAAACGAAAACGAAAAUAAAGCAAAUGGAAAGAGUGAAUCGAGUGAGAAAAGCGAGGCCAGUAGUGACAAUGAAAGUGAGGACGAUCAAAAAAUGUCUGUCGAUAGCUAAGUACUCUCAAAAUUUAGGUGAGACCACAAAAAUUAUAUGAUUUCCAGAUCUUGUAGCACCACAAUUAAUUAAAUAUUAAGUAUGUCUUGCUGUAAAAAAAGUUACAUUUUUCUGGAGAACAAACAACGCAAUUGACUAAUUUCAUUAUUUAAACGUGCAUCUACAAUUUCCAAUAGAAACGAGACGACGAUAAAUGCGUUUUUAUUUACAUAGAACGAUUUCAGUACGCUGUAAGGAAGCUAUUUACAUGAUAGUAAUAAAAUUCUACCA